GAGUUGAGCAACGCGCCGUGCCGGUUCUGGUCUGGUGCCCGGCGCUGACGGUGGCAGAGGUGCUGAGAAGGGGAGCCGGCCUCGCCAGGUUCUCCUUCUCCAGUCUGUUUCUGCAGCUAUUUUGAAUCUGCUGGAUAAAAUACUUUAUAUUGUGAAUAAAAGGGAUAAUUUACACUCCUGAAAAAAUGGCAGACAUUCAGAAUGGUAACUCUUGCUCUUCAAGUCCACUCGAGCUGUUUGAAAGAGUGACUGCACAAGGAGAAAAAGUCAGAUCAUUGAAAGCAGGGAAAGCAUCAACGGAUGAAAUCGAUGCAGCAGUGAAGCUGUUAUUGUCAUUAAAAGUGACCUAUAAAACAGCAACAGGACAAGAUUACAAGGCUGGUUCUCCUCCAGUAGAUUUCUCACCAGUAAGCAAUAAUGGUCCAACUACUACACAGGAUGAGGAUUUUGUAGACCCUUGGACAGUGCAGACAUCCAAUGCGAAAGGUGUAGACUACGACAAACUUAUAGUUCGAUUUGGAAGCAGUAAAAUUGAUAAAGAGCUAAUCAAUCGAAUAGAGAGAGUUACUGGAAAAACACCUCACCACUUUCUGCGCAGAGGCAUCUUUUUUUCUCAUAGAGAUAUGAACCAAAUUCUUGAUGCAUAUGAAAAUAAGAAGCACUUUUACCUUUAUACAGGUAGAGGCCCCUCCUCAGAGGCAAUGCAUCUUGGUCAUCUUAUCCCAUUUAUUUUCACAAAGUGGCUGCAAGAGAUAUUUAAUGUUCCCUUGGUUAUACAGUUGACGGAUGAUGAGAAAUACCUGUGGAAAGAUCUGACAAUUGACAAAGCUUAUGAGUAUGCUAUAGAAAAUGCAAAGGACAUCAUAGCCUGUGGCUUUGACAUCAAUAAAACCUUUAUCUUUUCUGAUCUUGACUACUUGGGAAUGAGUUCAGGUUACUACAAGAAUGUUGUAAAGGUUCAGAAGCAUGUUACAUUUAACCAAGUGAAGGGAAUCUUUGGCUUUACUGACAGUGAUUGCAUUGGAAAGAUCAAUUUUCCUGCUAUCCAAGCUGCUCCAUCCUUUAGCUCAUCAUUUCCACAAAUCUUCAAGGACAAGAAAGACAUUCAGUGUCUUAUCCCAUGUGCCAUUGAUCAGGAUCCUUAUUUUAGAAUGACAAGGGAUGUAGCACCGAGGAUUGGAUAUCUUAAACCAGCCUUAUUGCAUUCAGUCUUCUUCCCAGCACUGCAAGGAGCACAGACAAAAAUGAGUGCUAGUGACCCCAAUUCCUCCAUCUUCCUCACUGACACACCCAAGCAGAUCAAGACAAAGAUCAACAAGCAUGCCUUCUCUGGAGGUAAAGAUACUAUUGAAGAACACAGAAAGUAUGGGGGUAACUGUGAGGUUGAUGUCUCUUACAUGUAUCUCACCUUCUUCCUUGAAGAUGAUGACAAACUUGAACAAAUGAAGCAGGCUUACACAAGCGGAGCGCUGCUCACAGGAGAGCUAAAGAAGGUGCUUAUUGAAACACUACAGCCCUUGAUAGCAGCUCAUCAGCAGAGACGCAAACAGAUCACAGAUGAAAUGGUGAAACAGUUUAUGACUCCACGGAAACUGGCAUUCGAUUUUUAAUGAUGUAGAUGUAAUUUAUCAAUAGGUAGGAAAUAGACUGAAUUGUUUUCUGUUGUAUGUCAUCACUCCUUAAUUAUGCAAAGGCUGCAAUCUGUGCUUUAUAAACGUUGCUCUGAACAAGUUAUUUGCAUGUACGAUCAGUGACUAUUUGGAAGAAUUGUUAAGACAUUAUUAAUAUAUGUAUUUAAAAACCAAAACUUGUUAGGUGAGGUAUCAAUUUCAUUGUAACACAAAUAACAGCUGCCAGAUUCUUUCGCGAACCAUGUUAGUUAGCAGAGGAUCCCAUUACUGUAUUUAAGUUGAAAAUUCUAAAAUAUAAUAAUAAAAUUUCUAUUGUAAUGCCAAAGUCUAACUUGUAAAUUGUUCUAGAUAUGCUAGUAAGAGUCCAUAUCUCAAAAAGAAAUGAAAUUCUUAGUAGAUCCAACUUUUUUUAUCCUAUGUUUCUCAGCUUCAUGGAGUGGGUUAUAAUGGUGGCUGCUCAGGGACAUAUUGCACAUACACAGUAGGUGAGUUUUUCAGGGUAAAUUGUACAGGAAUAUGUUCCCGAUGUGAAAUAGAUAUGGAGUUUACACAUCUCUGUUGGUGAAGCAGAGAACUGGGAGUCACGCUAACUCCGCCACAGCCUUCUGGCAAGUCACAGAACCUCCUCUCCCUUCAUUUUCACAUCUGUAACAGUGGAGUGAUAAUACUUACCUCCCCAGACAUUGGACCAAGUUCACUUAUGUUUGUAAAGUUUUUAUACUCAUAUGGAAGACACCAUAGAAAUGCAAAUUACUUUUCCAUUACCGGGAUCUAAAAUACCUCGGAUUAUGCUGAGAAACCCCUUAUGACUGAGGUAUUUCUUUUAAGUUGUGCAUUUGUUAGAAAAUCUACUUCCUCAAAAUAUCCCAUAAACUAUUUCCUGUCCACUUUCUUUGAGCAACAGACCCUUACAAUCUUUGGUGGAACACAUGCAAUAGCAAUACAAUCAAUCAACUGACAUUUUUUGAUGGUGAUGAAAAUAUUAUUCAUUAGACUGGAUCUAAAGAAUAACAAUUUAUGUGUAUUUAUAACUCAUACCUGACCGGAUGAUAAAAUUGUAAAUACAGUUGAGCACUGAAAACAGUGUUAUAUUGUAAUAUUUGACGGUAAUUUAAAAUGAAACAAAAGUAGCUAGGACUGUUUCUAAGAUUCCAUCCAUUAGAGGUUGAUUCAAUAAACUACACCUCUACCCCGAUAUAACGCUGUCCUCGGGAGCCAAAAAAUCUUACCG